GCGAUCCGGAGACGCUUUGUGCGCGCAGCCGCCGGUCCCGUAGCUCCAGGGUCUGCCCCCCGGGCCGCCCCCUGCCCUGCCCCAGUCAUGAAACUCUACCUGCCUCUCCACCGACCUUUGGGAAGCUGCAGCCCGUCCCGGGGGCUGGAGCCCUGACAGUGCGGGGAGCCGAAUCAAACCUUUGUACAACCUAGCUCAACCAUGGUAUAUCCAGAUUCUCCUCAGAAGUGAGACUUUCCAAAGGACCCAUGACUCUGUUCCUCACACCUUUUCAUUUUUUCAUACCCUCUAACUAUGUCUCGAUCCCGUCAUGCAAAGCCUUCCAAAUUGUUCAGGAGGGAAGAACUAGACAAAAAGAAAACCAGCCAAUUGAAGAAGACAUCCAAGUUGGUCAACAAGAAUGUAUCAGUGAAGACUGUGGACCCUGGAAAAUUAAAGCAGUUAGUUCAUGAGAGGAAUGUUCAGAAGAAAGUAGAGCCCAAAUCACCUGUGCCUGUCAGAGGCCUCCUGACAAGAGCUGGGGCAGCACGGAUGAAUUUGGAUAAGACUGAGGUUCUUUGUCAGAACCCCGAGUCCUUAACUUGCAAUGGGUUUACAAUGUCUCUCCGAAGCACCUCUCUUAGCAGGCGACUGUCCCAACCUCCAGUGAUCACAGCCAAACCCAAGAAAGUCCCACCUCCUAAGAAUUUAGAAAAGCAUCUUGAGUGUCAUUCUAAGGUAAUUACUGAUAUAGGAGGACCAGAAAAUGAUUCAGUCUUCGUGCAAGACCUUUCAGUCCCUCCUCAUGAAAAGAAUCUUACUGGUACACAAAAGGCACCUUCAAUUACAGGUGAAAGUGAAGAGACCACCCAUUCUAGUUUUCAAAGGGAUGAGGAUUCCAAAAUAAAUACCCCCACUCACAGCAGCCCAGUGGCCGAGGUCUUUUCUGGGUCAUUGGAAGGAAUGCACAACAGUGAAGGACAAUUCUCUAAAGAGACGUUAAAUGAGAUCAGCAAGCCCCAGAGGAUGUUUACUCAGGAUACCAUAUGUGCUUCUUUGCUCCAACGAGCAGCCCUCAAGGUUACCUCUGAAGAAAACCCCAACAUUCAGUUAGAAGAUUUAGGUUCAAGAGUAGAAUCUCUUAAGCUAUCUGAUCCUUACCUGGAUCCCAUCAAAAGUGAACAUAAUUGCUACCCCACCUCUAGCUUUAAGAAGGUCAUGCCUGAAAUGGACCUUAAAAACUGUUUCACUAUUGGUGGGUCAAUAUAUCCUACCUCAUUAAUAAAACUAAUCUUGUCAGGACCAGUACAAGAAACCCUUGGUGCUAAAUCAGAUCAGCAAGCGAUCCUUAAAGUUACGUCAGAUCAACAGGAGACUGCACAUACCACUCCUGUCCUAGGACAGGCCUUUACUGCUGUGCCACCUCAGUGGCAAGUUCCUGGUGCUAAUCUAGUUCUUGGAGAGGCUCUGGGUGAGACUCCAGGGCCACCAGAGAUUCCUGGUACAACUGUAGCUCAAGGACAGGUCUUUGGUGCUAUCUUAGAUCAACACAUCCUUGGUGUGGGUGCUGGUAUUGUCUCAGACCCACCUGUGUUUCUUUCUGCUCCUCCAAAUCCACUUGCUACCUUUAAUGCUUUGACACAGUGGCCUGACGCCCAGGGCGCUGUUUCAUAUGGACUUGAGGCCCAGGGUGCUAUGCAGGUUUUGCCCUUUGACUCAAGUCAUAAUCCUCAACUGUCAUUAAACUCAGAGAUGAGUUUGGUACCUCCAGCAAUAACCAUUAGCAAUAAAGAGAAAGAGGAGCAGGUCACUGGCAGCUUUCUACCAGCGAAUGCUCCGGGGUUCACAAUAGCCCCUGAGAGAGGACUUCACCAUACUUCACAGGGCAUUGUCCAACUCUCCCACACUGGCCUCAGCAAGUUGGAAGGAGGGAGCAGCCAAGUCAGCCUGGCCAACAUGGUUGGCACUGAUACCACUGCAGUGACUACACCAGUGUCACUUGCCACUGCUGUCUCUUCUUCCUGUACAACUUUGUUACCCGCUUUGGAAAAGAAGAAAAGAAAGCGGUGUGGGGUCUGCGGGCCUUGCCAGCAGAAGACCAACUGUGGUGAAUGUACCUACUGCAUAAACAGAAAGAACAGUCAUCAGAUCUGUAAGAAGAGGAAAUGUGAAGAACUGAAAAAGAAGCCAUCAGCCACUAUGCCUUUGGAGGUUAUAAAAGAAAACAAGAGGCCCCAGAGGGAAAAGAAGCCUAAAGUUUUAAAGGCAAGUUUUGUCAAUAAACCGGUAAAUGGCCCCAAAACAGAAUCCAUGGAAUACAGUAGAUGUGGUCAUGGGAAAGAACAAAGAUUGGAACUGAACCCAUGCCCUUUUGAAAAUGUAGUCAAGAAUGAAGAAAUUAAGAUUGGUAUUGAAGUUGACAAGUGGCCUCAAAACAAGAAGUUACAUUUACCCGAUCAUGUCAAAGGAGAGUUUAGGGCAAUUGCGACAGAAGCUAAAAAGCUGAAAAACUAUGAAGAUGACUCCAAGAAAGUCCUACUUGCUGACCUCCUGGAACCUCAAAAAUUAUACGUACCAACUGUAAGAAAUGGCAUUAAAAAUGUACACUGUUUACCAAGUGACGCAAAUGUGUCCAUUAAAAAGUGCAGUAUUGAGGAAUUUGGCAAGGCGAUUGAAAAUAAUGCGUAUAAAUUGCUGAAAGACACUGCGAACCAAAACAAUGCCAUGAGCUCCAUUGCUACAAAUUCAAGCUGUGAUCAUCUCAAGGGGAGAAGUAAUGUGUUAGUCUUCCAAAAACCUGGCUUUAACUGUAAGUCUUUCCUAGAUCCUACAGACUUCAACAUAAAUAGUCAUACUACUAUACACAAUGAAUGUGAUCAACCAAAAAUUCUUGAGACAAUACCAAGUAAAGACCCAAGAGAUGGAUCUCCAGUUCAACCAAGUCUUCUCUCCCUUAUGAAAGACAGGAGAUUAACACUGGAACAAGUGGUAGCCAUAGAAGCUCUGACACAGCUCUCAGAAGCAACAUCCGAGAAUUCCUCACCAUCAAAGUCAGAGAAGGACGAAGAAACACAGCAGAGAACAGCUAGUUUGCUUAGCAGCUGUAAAGCUAUCCUUUAUUCUGUCAGAAAAGACCUUCAGGACCCAGGUUUGCAAGGGGAGCCACAAAGCCGCCAUCACUGCCCAUCUUUGGAAAAACAAAGUUCAUGCAGCCCAGUGGUGUUUAAUGGCCAAAAUACCUUUCCUAAGUUACCUACUAGCUUAGCUACAAACCAAGCAUCCAGAACAGUGCAGGAAUGCUCAAAGGCCACAAAUUCAACAUCUCUUCUCCUACCAAAUUCACAUUCAUCAAAAAUUGGCAUCAAUAAAAAUGUCAGUCAAGGAAGAAUUGCUUUUGAUAACUGUUCAAAGAAUGCCAUUCAGGAAGCACCAACAAUUAAGAAAUCGGGGUUUUGUGACCAGGCACUGAACAGUAGUAAAAAGUUGGACUCCAAAGAUGAUUUACCAUAUCAAGAUCCAGUUCAUAGUAAAAUAGAGGAAGAUGUUGCAACACAGCUAACACAACUAGCUUCAAUAAUUAAAUUUAAUUAUGUGAAACCAGAGGACAAAACAGUUGAAAGCAUACCAACAAACCUUGGCUCGUCUAAUGUACAGCAACAAUAUAGUACAGAUAAGAGCGCAAUUCAACAGAAACCAUCAGCAAAUGUACAAAACAACCAUGGCUCGUCGAUAAGAAGGCACAAGAAUGCAGCCCAGAAAAAGACAAAAUCUACACCUUCAAGAAACCGUCGAAAAAAGAAACCCCCCAUUAAAAGUUGCCAAGAAAAUGACCAAAAGAAAUUGGAACAGUUGUCACAAGAGUAUAGUAAGAUGCACGAUAUUUGGAUAGCUUCAAAAUUUCAAAGACUUGGUCAUUUUGGGCCACAUGAGUUCCCUGUUCUGUUCGGGAAAAUCCCUUCCUUCAGUGAAGUACGGAAACCAGUGAUUCCCAAAAGUUCAACACUGGAACAUAAAAAAUCAUUUCCUCCACUUGCUCAGAUCAAAUUCAAACGACAGUAUGCUGAUCUACCACAGGAACACACGAUCAAGUUUGAACCAUUAAACAUUCUCCCUACUUCCCAGUUGAAAGCAGAAUUGAAUGAACAGGCAUUUGCAGAAAAUGUUUAUACUUCUCAGGUCCAGCUAGCGGUGAAUGCCAAUCAAAAAACUUAUCCUUUAUCCCAUGCCUCCUCUACAACUAACCAGUGUGCUAAUGUGAUGGCUGGAAAUGACCAAACAAAGUUCCCGCAGGGUGUUAAAGACCAAGUCAUACAUCAAAGACUGCCAACGUCACCCGAUUUCUCUCAUGAAGCUGCCUUACCAGAUCCAGCACAAAUUCUCAGGAAUGUAAAUGUAGUAUGUUCAGGUGGAAUGACUGUGGUUUCUACCAAAAGAGAAGAAGAUGUCUGUCCAUCUGUUGUUGGAACACCAGAAUUUUCCCCAGUGGGCAGUACACAGAAGAAUUAUACUGAUUAUGCCAGGAACUACUUGACUAACCCUAUGAAAAACCUGGUGUCUACCACUAAAGAUUCUGAAUUACCAGUCUGCGACUGUCUUGAUCGAGUUACACAAAAAGACAAAGGCCCAUAUUAUACACAUCUUGGAGCAGGACCAAGUGUGGCUGCUAUCAGGGAAAUCAUGGAGAAUAGGUUUGGUCAAAAAGGAGAUGCAGUAAGGAUAGAAGAAGUAGUAUAUACAGGAAAAGAAGGGAGAAGUUCUCAUGGUUGUCCAGUUGCUAAGUGGGUUUUACGAAGAAGCAGUGAAGAAGAGAAAGUUCUGUGUUUGGUUCGGCAGCGUCCAAGCCAUCACUGUUCAACAGCUGUGAUCGUGGUGCUCAUCAUGGUGUGGGAAGGCAUUCCUCUUCCCAUGGCUGACAGCUUAUACUCACAGCUUACAGAAAGCCUGAAGUCAUACAAUGGCCACCCCACGGACCGAAGAUGCACCCUAAAUGAAAAUCGGACCUGCACAUGUCAAGGGAUGGAUCCAGAGACUUGUGGAGCUUCAUUUUCUUUUGGAUGUUCGUGGAGUAUGUAUUUCAAUGGCUGCAAAUUUGGUAGAAGCCCACGUCCCAGAAGAUUUAGAAUCGAUCCAAGCUCUCCCUUACAUACCUACUAUGAAAGAAUCACUAGCGGGCGUAAUCCAGAAAGAAGAUUUAUGAAACCGGAACGAGUCUGUCCGGGACAACAGGCCGUGGAAAAGCACCUUGAAGAUAAUUUACAGAGUUUGGCUAAUCAAUUAGCUCCAGUUUAUAAGCAGUAUGCUCCAGUUGCCUAUCAAAACCAGGUGGAAUAUGAACAUGUUGCCCGAGAAUGUAGACUUGGUAGCAAAGAAGGUCGUCCCUUCUCUGGAGUCACUGCUUGCCUAGACUUCUGUGCUCAUUCUCACAGGGACAUUCACAAUAUGAAUAAUGGAAGCACUGUGGUUUGUACUUUAACCAGAGAAGAUAACCGUGAGUUGGGUGUCAUUCCUCAAGACGAGCAGCUACAUGUGCUACCCCUUUACAAACUUUCAGAAACAGAUGAGUUUGGUUCAAGGGAAGGAAUGGAAGCCAAGAUCAAAUCUGGGGCCAUUGUGGUCCUUCAGCCCCACCGCAGAAAAAGAAAAUGCUUCACUCAGCCGGUUCCUCGUUGUGGGAAGAAGAGAACAGCAAUGCUGACAGAAGUGCUUGCCCAUAAAAUAAGAGUCAUAGAAAAGAAAUUCAUUCCUCGAGUCAAGCGGAAGUGUAACUCAACAGCAAACAACAGUAAGACUUCAUCGCUGCCACUUUUAGGUUCCCUGGUUUAUUCUGAGCCUCCUGCAGGUCCAUCUGAGCAACUAACUGCUAAUCAGCCAAGCCAGCAACCACCUUUCAUCAGCUCUCCUCAUGAAGUUGCUUCCUCGAUUGUUGAAGAAGAUGAGCAACAUUUGGAAGUAGAGGACCCUCUAUCCGAUGAGCCUCUCUCAGACGAGCCUGUCUUCCCUGCUAAGGGCAAACUGCCCCAUCUUGACGAGUAUUGGUCAGACAGUGAGCACAUCUUCUUGAAUCCCAAUGUUGGUGGAGUGGCAAUAGCACCCACCCACGGCUCCGUUUUGAUCGAAUGCGCGCGGAGAGAGCUUCAUGCUACCACUCCAGUUCAGAAACCAGAUCGAAAUCAUCCCACUCGCCUCUCCCUUGUUUUUUACCAGCACAAAAAUCUGAAUAAGCCCCAACAUGGUUUUCAACUCAACAAGGUUAAAUUUGAGACUAAAGCCACAAAGAAUAAGAAAACAAAGGCCUGUGAGCAGAAAUAUCAGGCAGCUAGUGAAGGUUGUGAACUAUCCCCUGGAGUGAAUGAGUUGAACCAAAUUCCAUCUCAUAAAGCAUUAACGUUGACCCGUAACAAUGUCGUCACUGUGUCCACUUAUGCUCUCACACAUGUUGCAGGGCCCUAUAACCACUGGGUCUGA